AUGCCUCCAAUGCUGAAGGAAAUCCUGAAGAUUAAGAACUACACUUUUUACUGCCAGUCAUGUGGAGAGCUCAUAAUCAAAGAACAAAGCCGUCGUUUGACUAGGGGACAUCGCCCACUGCUUCUUCUCUCUAUCUGCCUUGGCUUGCACAUGUUCUCCUUUAAAGAAUGUUUUCUGGGAGACACUUUCCUUUUGUUGAAUAAAGAAUAUAUUUCAGACCCCCUUGUAGAGAAUAAUGAGAAGUCAUCAGUUCCUCGUUUGGCUGAUGCUAAUGCCUUGAUAUCAAAGGAAAAUACCAAAGUCAUUUGCAGACGAUGCAAGGCAAUGCUGGGAGAGAAAGUGUCAUCAGAUACUAUCAAGUACUAUAUCACAGAAAUAAUGAUUCAGCCAUCAAGUCAAGGUUAUUACACUAGCUCAAGAAACAUAAAAAGCAUUAUAUUGCAGCUUUUUAUGGAACACUCUACCUGUAGGAGUACUUUUAGGUUCUGCCUUCAGAAUUCAGAUUGCAAGCUCUUUCUUUUGCUAUUGUUCCCCGACUUAUCUAAAGGGGUUGUCACUUUAAGGCCUAACACUUCUGGAGCCUUGCUGACUCCAGGAUCAGUGGAGGAUCAACUGGUGCAGGCCAAAGAGGAAGGACAUCCCCCUGCAAAGCACUAUGUUAGCAGUGAUACAGAAAAUGGUCAUGAACCUGAGGGCCAAUGA